GCGGCGCGCGCGCAGAGCGGUGCGUCGGUCGGGGGCGCGCUCGGGUAACCCGUGCCCCGCGUAGUCGCCGGUUACCGAUCGGGACUAAGUUCCAGUGGUGCUGGCCUUGAAGUCGAUCAUGUCCCCAGAAGUGGCCUUGACCCGGAUUUCCCCGAUGCUCUCCCCAUUCAUAUCCAGUGUGGUCCGUAAUGGAAAAGUGGGACUGGAUGCCACCAACUGCUUGAGGAUAACCGACUUGAAAUCUGGGUGCACGUCAUUGACUCCCGGACCCAGCUGCGACCGGUUUAAGCUGCACAUCCCGUAUGCAGGGGAGACCCUGAAAUGGGAUAUCAUUUUCAAUGCCCAGUACCCGGAGCUGCCCCCGGAUUUCAUCUUUGGGGAAGACGCUGAGUUCCUUCCAGAUCCUUCAGCUUUGCAUAACCUCGCUUCCUGGAACCCUUCGAAUCCCGAAUGCCUCUUGCUGGUGGUGAAGGAGCUGGUCCAACAGUACCACCAGUUCCAGUGCAGCCGCCUCCGCGAGAGCUCCCGCCUCAUGUUCGAGUACCAGACGCUGCUGGAAGAACCUCAGUACGGAGAGAACAUGGAAAUCUACGCCGGGAAGAAGAACAACUGGACUGGUGAAUUUUCAGCUCGCUUCCUUUUGAAGUUGCCUGUGGAUUUCAGCAACAUUCCCACAUACCUUCUCAAGGAUGUGAAUGAAGACCCUGGAGAAGAUGUGGCCCUCCUUUCUGUCAGUUUUGAGGACACUGAAGCCACUCAGGUGUACCCCAAGCUGUACUUGUCUCCCCGAAUUGAGCAUGCCCUCGGAGGCUCCUCGGCCCUUCACAUCCCUGCCUUCCCAGGAGGAGGCUGCCUCAUCGACUACGUGCCUCAAGUGUGUCACCUGCUCACCAACAAGGUACAGUACGUGAUCCAGGGCUACCACAAGAGAAGAGAGUAUGUCGCCGCUUUCCUCAGCCACUUUGGCACAGGCGUCGUGGAGUACGAUGCGGAAGGCUUCACGAAACUCACUCUGCUGCUGAUGUGGAAAGACUUCUGCUUUCUCGUACACAUCGACCUGCCCCUGUUUUUCCCUCGAGACCAGCCGACUCUCACAUUCCAGUCUGUCUACCACUUCACCAACAGUGGACAGCUUUACUCCCAGGCCCAGAAGAAUUACCCCUACAGCCCCCGAUGGGAUGGAAACGAAAUGGCCAAGAGAGCAAAGGCUUACUUCAGGACCUUUGUCCCCCAGUUCCAGGAGGCCGCCUUCGCCAACGGGAAGCUCUAGCAGACGCCCGCGCUGAGAGGUGGAGGCAGAGAGGCUGGGGACGCCUCGGCCGGCCGCGUGUCUGCCGGCACGUGGGGGCCCCCCGAUGGCCCCGACGGCCCCAACCCACCCGGAGCCUCCUACUCCUGCUGACCCCCGUGCCGCUGCCCAGCCCUCCCCCGCCACCCCCUUUGGCCUCCCCCGUUUCUUCCCUUCAGUAAAUUGUGCGCCGCCAGAAGAAAUAAAAUCACGCAUCCUG